CCCCUGCCCCAGCUAUGGCUGCUGGGGCUCCCUCAUCCAGCCCCAGCCCUGUCCUGGCUGUACUGCUCUUCUCUUCUGUGGUGCUAUCCCCAGCGCAGGCCAUUGUGGUUUACACGGACAGGGAGGUCCAUGGUGCUGUGGGCUCCCGGGUGACCCUGCACUGCUCCUUCUGGUCCAGUGAGUGGGUCUCAGAUGACAUCUCCUUCACCUGGCGCUACCAGCCCGAAGGGGGCCGAGAUGCCAUUUCGAUCUUCCACUAUGCCAAGGGACAGCCCUACAUCGACGAGGUGGGGACCUUCAAAGAGCGCAUCCAGUGGGUAGGGGACCCUCGCUGGAAGGAUGGCUCCAUUGUCAUUCACAAUCUAGAUUACAGUGACAACGGCACUUUCACUUGUGAUGUCAAAAACCCACCCGACAUAGUGGGCAAGACCUCUCAGGUCACACUCUAUGUCUUUGAAAAAGUGCCAACUAGGUACGGGGUGGUGCUGGGAGCCGUGAUCGGGGGCGUCCUUGGGGUGGUGCUGCUGGUGCUACUGCUGGUCUACCUGGUUCGGUACUGCUGGCUGCGCAGGCAGGCGGCCCUGCAGAGGAGGCUCAGUGCCAUGGAGAAGGGGAAAUUGCACAAGGCUGCGAAGGACUCUUCGAAACGCGGGCGUCAGACGCCCGUGCUGUACGCCAUGCUGGACCACAGCAGAAGCACCAAAGCUGCCAGUGAGAAGAAGUCCAAAGGGCUGGGGGAGUCUCGCAAGGAUAAGAAAUAGCGGUUAGCGGGCCGGGCGGGGGGGCGGGGGCCAGGGCCGGAGGCCUCCAAAGGCGCUCAGGUGGUGGUCAUCGAGAUGGAGCUACGGAAGGACGAGCCAGGCUCGGAGCUCCGGCCCGCUGUCAAGUCCCCCAGCAGAACCAGCCUCAAGAACGCCCUCAAGAACAUGAUGGGCCUGGACUCGGACAAGUGACCUCCACCCCCAGGCCCUGCCAGAGCAGGGGGACCUAGGCUCCUCCCCUCACCCGUCUAGGUGCUUUCCUCCCUUGCUCCCCAGCCCUGGCCUGU